UGGGCCUAUGCUUAAUUUCUGGAGCUGGGGCAAUCUAUUACUCUCACAUACUUUACUCUCCAGGGUCUGGGAGGCAGACCUUGGCCACUCCACACAUGUACAAGACGUGUGCAUGACAUGCACUUAUUUUAGCUGACUCACUCUGUAAACAUGGAUAACCGGCAGUGUUAUAAAUCCGUCAGUUGUGUGAAUGUGACACUCCACAGCUGUACUCAGUCUCGCUAUCUCCUAUCAGGUUUUAGACAGGCUGGAAACUAGCGGACGACGAUGUGGGAUUUUGGAAUUACAACAGUUGCCUUAUUUCUGGUCGUGGUACUGGUAGUGUUAUGGCUGUCAAUGCGGCGCCCACCUGGACUUCCCCCCGGCCCCCGUCUCCUUCCGUUCUUGGGGAACGCCCUGUCCUUGGACUCUGAUCCCCGGGUCUUGUACAAGAACCUCCGACAGAAGUAUGGCGACAUUUUCAGUCUGUAUGUUUUCCACAAGCCUCUCAUUGUCCUCAACGGCUACAACGUUAUCAAAGAAGCCAUUGUCAAGAACGCCGACGUCUUCUCCGACAGACCGCGAUCCUUUGUGACCGAUUUCUUCUCAAAGGGAAAAGGAGUAGUCGGAACCUCCGGGGACUUGUGGCAUGAACAGAGACGAUUUGCUCUCAAUGCUCUGCGAGAGUUUGGAAUGGGAAAAACCAUCAUGGAGGACAAAAUACACGAGGAAAUUGCUCAGUUUAUGGUGGCCCUGGAGGAAAAGAAAGGCCGGGGUUUCAACAUAGAGCGUCUUUUGCAGAAUGCCGUAUCAAAUGUCAUCUGUUCCGUUGUCUUUGGCAAACGUUUUGAAUAUACCGACCAUGUCUUCAUCACAUUUCUGAAAGCAUUGGAUGAUUUUUUUAAAAAUAGCGCAGCAUCUGGAAUACUAAACGUUUUUCCUGCUGUGCGAUAUUUGCCUGGAGACCCAUUCAAGUUCAGAAAAUCAAUGGACAACAUAGAUAUUGUGGAUAAUCUACUGAUUAAACCUUUCAUUAAGGAUCACUUAAACGAUCACGAUGAUGAAAAUCGGGACGAUUUCAUCCAUGUAUACUUGAAGGAGAUGCGACGUCGCCAACAGAAACAAGAAACAACUACGUUAGACUUGGAGAAUCUGGCGCAGAUUAUUACUGAUCUGUUUACUGGAGGCUCGGAGACGACGUCCACCACUAUACGCUGGGCGCUGGUCUACUUCCUGAACUACCCGGAUGUACAAGAGAAGUGCUUCCAAGAGAUUCUGGAAAACGUCGGUCAGAGCAGACGACCCUCCAUGAAGGACAAGACGAACCUUCCUUACGUGGAGGCCACCAUUAUGGAAACCUUGAGAUACGCUGAUAUUGCACCUAUUGGUAUUCCUCACACAGUUCCACAUGAUGUACAGUUCAGGGGAUUCACCUUCCCACAAGGCGUCACAGUCAUAUUGAACCUUGAUUCAGUCCUCCAAGACGCGAAUGUAUGGGGAGACCCGCAAAACUUUCGGCCGGACCGUUUCCUCGAUGACGCAGGCAAGAUUCAGAAGAGGGAGGAAUUUAUCCCCUUUUCUUUGGGACGAAGGGUUUGCCUGGGGGAGUCAAUGUCCCGGAUGGAGCUCUUCCUCUUCCUCACCACCAUGAUUCAGAGAUUCAAGUUCGGCCCAGUGAACGGGGAAAAGCCUCCAAUGGAAGGAAUACUGGGUUUAUCAUAUUCGCCAAAGGAAUUCAAACUAAACGUUAUCCCCCGAAACUAAUAUUGUUCGGAUCAUCACAAUGUUAAAAAGAACACAAUGCCUAUGUAGCCGUGAAGAUCCGUGUUAGAAUUGGUCUUCAGUAACCCAUGCUUGUCGUAAGAGGCGACUAACAGCAUCGGGUGAUCAUCGUCUCCCAAUUGCGUGAUGUUGAUCACUGGAUUGUCUGGUGCAGGCUCGACCAUUAACUAAUAUCGCUGAGUGCGGAGUUAAACAACCUAGAUUCUAUGAGUUCUCCAACAUCGUGAUUUUUUGUUUGUAUCUAAAUGUUUAAAUCAAAGAUAUCAAAUGUUUUGGGAAUCUUAUUUAACAUAAAAAAAAUUGUAUCAAAUGAAUAAAAUCAAUAAGCAUAUAAGUAUGAUUUUUUUGUUACGGUAAGGACAGGGUAGAGUAACGGCUAUGACAAAGAAGAACACGGCUGUGAUAGGCCAUUACGGUGGUGACAUUAUAUACCAUCACAAAUGUCACUGCCGUAACAUGCCGUCUUUUACCUGUCUUUUACAUGACAAUGAUCUAUGGUGAAUGCGGUCGCUUCCCACUUUAUCUAGAAGCACAGAUAAAAGUUAUCAAAUACUGGGUAAAGCUCUUGAAUAUGCCUGCAUCAAGAUUUCCUAAGAAAUGUUAUAACAUGAUGUAUUUGUUUGACACCAACGGAAAA